AUGUCUUGCAGCGGGGGAUGUCCCGGGUUUUCUGAGAAGGACUUCCAGGCAUUUAAGAGUGAGCUUGAAGCAAAUACAGACUCUGUUCUACUCCUUAACCUUGCCGACACUGGCAAGGCUACACAGGACAGGCGCCGUGGCCAUACAGGCCCUGUCGACAAAGGCUUCCGCCAAGUUAGAGGCCACCGCAGGCAGUCUGCGAUCAGGUCGAACAGCGAGUUCGAGGCGUAUUUCGGUUCUCGACCUUGUUCUAGUGCGGCCCAGACUGAAAUCUCUGUCCCCUGCAAUGUGGUUAUCCCUACUAUUGUCAUUCACACUCCCGCAAUGACCGAAACCGAAAUUUCCGAACCAAAUGUUCCCUCUGCCGCCUCUGCCGAGGAGGAUGGAAACCUUGGAGAAGCCUUUGAGGUCCAGGAUGACGUUCAUGCGGCUGCGAAAAAAAAACCUUUUCAUGCCGCAUGUGAUAGCAUCCUUAUGUUCUUAAAGAAGGUUCUUCGCCUCAAUUGA